GAAAUACAACCGGAAGUCAUUGUAGUGUAAAGGAAAACAUUAGCCUGCAGAUUCAUCAAAGAACUACUACGUUUCCGCUUUUAAUUGAGAAGCGUGUUGAGUAAAUACAAAUAUCGCAUAAAUCUCCUUUUAUAAAUAUCCUAGAAUUAUUGUCAAUCUGCGAUAAUCCACCACUAAUGUGGGAUAAUUCUUUGGAGCUAUACAGCUAGCAGCAGCUGGAGUUAGGUCCGGAGCAUCGUAGGAGGCAGCAGCAGCAGCAGGGACCGCAGAGCCAGCAGCGGGGGCUCCGGCGCGUGUCGCGCUCCCCCUCCUCGUAGACCACCUUGCGCCGGGACCCGGUGAUGCUGCUUGUUUUCCGGCCUCCGAGGGCCCAUCAUGAAGAGCUGUGAUUCCCAACAAACCGACCUGCAGGCGGUUCCGACGCCUGCCCCAAUCCCCCCACCCCACGCCGCGUCCCGGGGGCCCAGAGGAGCGCGGAGGAAAUGGGAGGUUUUCCCGGGAAAGAACCGCUUCUACUGCGGGGGGAGGAUCAUGGCGGCGCAGCAGAGCGGCGUCCUGCCGCUCACGCUGGGCCUCAUCCUGGUCACCACCGGCUUGUUCUUCAUCUUCGACUGUCCCUUCCUGGUCAAACACCUGAGCAGCUGCGUUCCGGCUGUUGGAGCCGUGCUCUUCGUCUUCGUCUUCAUCACGCUGCUCCAGACCAGUUUCAGCGACCCGGGCAUCCUCCCCAGAGCCACGCCGGAGGAAGCUGCUGACGUGGAGAGGCAGAUCGACAGCUCUGGAGACUCCAGCUAUGGCCCCCCCCCUCGCACCAGGGAGGUCGUCAUCAACCAGCAGGUGGUGAAACUCAAGUACUGCUUCACCUGUAAGAUGUUCCGACCUCCACGCACCUCCCACUGCAGCCUGUGUGACAACUGUGUGGAGAGGUUUGACCAUCACUGCCCGUGGGUGGGGAACUGCGUGGGGAAACGCAACUACCGUUUCUUCUACACCUUCAUCGUGUCCCUCUCCUUCCUCACGUCAUUCAUCUUCAGCUGCGUCAGCACUCACCUGGCCAUGAGGGCUCAGGAUGGGAGAGGUCUGGUGUCUGCUCUGCAGGAGAGUCCUGGCAGUGCAGUGGAACUGGUCAUUUGCUUCUUCUCAGUCUGGUCCAUUUUGGGUCUCUCAGGCUUCCAUACUUACCUGGUUGCUUCCAAUCUGACCACCAAUGAAGACAUUAAAGGCUCCUGGUCCGGAAAGAGCGGAGACGUUGCCUCAAACCCGUUCAGCCACAGAAACGUCUUUGUGAACUGCGGUUCUGUGCUUUGCACUCCCCUGCCGCCCAGCCUCAUCGACAGGCGAGGUUUCCUGCCGGAGGAGGAGGAGCCUGCACAGACGUGCUGCACAGACGUCCAGCUGCCCGCCUCGGCCAACAACACCCAGAGAAAGGUGUGCUCUCAGGGGAGGAAGGGCCUCCUGGAGUCUGCAGCUCCGUCUCCACUCCAGUCCACCUCCUGUCCUCAGGGGGAGCCCCAGACCGUCCCGCCGGGCCCAAGGCGCCCCUCCCCAGCGGACUCUGAGCCCACGCGCCAGGCCUCCAAUGGCUGCAGGGCCCAACACAGCGCCGGCUCCCAGGGGAACGCCUCCUCUGCACGUCACAGCCACCACAAAAGUCGCAUGAAGAAACACAAAGAAGCCGCUUUGAGUAUUUCCAAUCCCACCUCCCACGGCCCCGUUGCCCCCACCUGCCCGGACUCUGUCCCCACCUCCAGAGGGACCAGCUCCACUCAGGCCUGACUGACGAGAAGGGGGUGGGGGGCAUCACAGAGUAACAAUCAAACAGCAGCUCAGUCAGAUCUGUGGGGGUCAUAAUGAGCUUUUGGGGUUUCAAGGGAACACAUCCUCUGGGAGGGGGGGCAUCAAGGGGACAGAAGGGCCAGAGGAGGAGUGGAAGCAUGGAGAGAAAGGAGAAACAGGAAAUCCUUUCAUUUUGAUUCCAAAUUAAUAUUUGAAAAAUGAACAUUUCAACCCUUGUGCUAUCUUAGAUUACCCCCCCCCCCCUUCCAUUGACGUGUUCUCCCCACCAUGACAAAGGUGGAUA